UCGAGAAUAUCAUCGAGGUCAUAAAUUUGCGCCGCCCUUUCCGAUCCCGACGCCACGCUUUAUCGACGCUUUCGUCCACGACCUUUGUCGCGUAUAACUACUACAUAAAGCUUAUAAGCUCCACCUUUACACACUGGACAACUCGAAAAUAAACUACACCUACAUUGCGAUUUAGCGAUAACUAUCAUCAACAUGGAGACCAUGAUCAGAUCUAUCCUGCGACUAGUGCAGCUACUUCUCGUCCUGCUCACUACCGCACUCAUCGGCAAUGUCAUCGCUAGCAACAUCAAUGGCGCCGAAUCCGCCGUGAACUUCAUCAUGUUUGUGUGUGUGCUAUCCUGGCUCGCCGUCAUCUAUGGUCUGGUGUCGCAUUUCGUCUCUUCCCUUUCGAUCCCUAUCGCUGCGCUGGCACUCGACAGUGCUGCUACCUUAUUUACUUUUAUCGGCGCCAUUGUUCUCGCCGCAAAGUUGCAAGCCGUGAAUUGCUCUAAUUUGGGGCGCAAAACAAGCGACUACAUCGUUUUCGGUUCCAACAACGAUGAAAAACGCUGCCGCGAGAUCCAAGCUAGCACCGUGUUUCUCUGGUUCCUCUUUGGAACCUUUGCCGCCAGUUUGUUCUUCGUCAUGAAAGAGUUUCGACGCGGUGGCGGUUCCGUUCGCGGUCCUAACAUGUCCCAGAUCGGCGUGUAGGGUGUUGAUCGGAUCGACGACCAUCAUUUAUCAUGGUAAACGAAAGGGUGAUGUGUUUAUGACUCGACAAGAAAGUAAUGUGUGUUGCAGCUGGAGGCUGUACGUGUGAAAUAAGGGGAAGGGGGGAAUAGGCGUCAAGGUUAAGCUUUUCUCUGGGAAGAUCCCCAGAGUAAUUAAUCUCUUGCGCUGGUGCCGCAAGCUCUUUCUCUUCCCCCAUCUCUCCCUGAGACGGAUUGGAAAGAGUUAUCGAAUCCAUAUUAUGUAC